UCCAAUUCCAACAGUGACAGUGGUCCUAGUAGUUUCAUUUAGAAAGAAUAGUGAGUAACAGCAUGGCUUAAGUGAAGGUUCCAAGAUGGCUAAUUUUCUUGGACUUAGGUUCCACACGAGGUUACCAGUUGUGUGUGGCGUUUGUUCCUGUUGUCCAACACAUCAUGUUACUAGUGUUGUUGUGAGUUCCUCUUCUGCUACUGCAGCUACUCUUUCAAGAGCAGUAAUAAACAAGUGGAACAGAAGAGUUAAGGCUCCUCGCCGCAUGCUAUUGGGCAUUGGAGCUUCAUUCUUGGCUCAGUUUAUGAGUAUGGCUGGUGCUGGGGGUAGCAAACCCUUCAUUGCUUCUGCCAGGAUAAAGGGUGGUCCCUCUGUGGAUGAGAUGUUGAAGAAAGUGGAAUGGCCAGAGCAGUUCCCCUUCAAGGAGGAGGAUUUUCAGCGCUUUGAUGAGUCCUCAGAUUCCAUGUUCUAUGAAGCACCUCGAUUUGUGACACAUAUUGAUGACCCUGCCAUUGCUGCUCUGACUAAGUAUUACUCCGAAGUAUUCCCUCCUAGUAACACUCCUGGAGUAAGCAUCUUGGAUAUGUGUAGCAGUUGGGUCAGCCAUUUUCCAUCAGGAUACAAGCAAGAACGAGUGGUGGGAUUAGGUAUGAAUGAAGAAGAGCUGAAAAGGAACCCGGUUCUCACGGAGUAUGUUGUGCAAGACUUAAAUGUGAACCCCACACUCCCGUUUGCGGAUAACUCUUUUGACAUCAUCACUAAUGUGGUCAGUGUUGAUUACCUAACAAAGCCUCUUGAUGUGUUCAAGGAGAUGCGCAGGAUACUCAAGCCAGGUGGACUGGCCAUAAUGAGCUUUUCAAACCGAUGCUUUUGGACAAAAGCCAUUUCUAUAUGGACAUCAACUGGGGAUGCUGAUCAUGUUAUGAUUGUUGGGUCUUAUUUCCAUUAUGCUGGAGGAUUUGAACCUCCUCAGGCUGUUGAUAUAUCUCCUAAUCCUGGACGCUCUGAUCCUAUGUACAUUGUGUACUCUAGGAAGCUGUCUACUGCUUAAGAAACAUUUGGACUAGGAAUUUUUAGAAUUUAUGUACUUAUUAGAGUGACUCUGAUGGGAGAAUAUAUUGCAUGUCAUUUUUUUAUAGCAAUGUUUGUUGUGCGCAAGGUCCUUCAUGGCAAUGUACUCAAACUCUCCAAACAAAUUAUUUUAUUUUUUUUCC